AUGGGUUUGUGCAAUUCUAAAAGUUUUGAGAGAGAUCAACUAGCUCCCCCACCGGGAAACCGCUUAAGUGAUGAGUCCCAACGUCAAGGUGGUGGAUAUAAGAACCACUCGAACCCGGCGGCUUACGAGCACCAGACAGGUGCAGAGCAAUAUCUUAAGACUUUUCUGAGAAGCGUGGAGUCAGUUUUGAGUGAGCGUUUCACCUUUCAUUCCCAGGAGGAGCGUGACGCAGUUUCUUUGAGUUUCAUGAAUUCGUGCGCUGAGAUCACACGCACGAAGUUUCGGUUGAAGAUGGAAACGGUGGUGGAAAUAAUUUCUAAAAUUGCGGAGAGGGAAAAACUGAAGACCAUAUCUGAGACGCUCCCUUCGGUUAAAGAGUUUUAUGUGGAUGCUGGCUUCUUCCGUCUGCUUAACACAUGGAUGAGUAGCGGUGGCAGCCCUGCCAACCAAUGCACCACAAGUUCAGAAAAGUAUGUGACUGAGGGCAAAGACGUGAAGCGAGAUUCCAGGGCACCGACCAACUUCGCCUCGGUGCUGAUUGAUCACCUUAACUCCGCAUCUCUGAUUCCCACGAUGGAUCUGUUUCCGCGUUUUGCAGAGGGCGGUGAGGUGAUGACUCUAGAGCAAUUUGGGAAGUUUGUGACUGUUACCCAAGGCAAUGAACGUGCCGACGCCCAGAUUGUAGAGAAGUACAACCACCGUUUCGGUGGCAUAGUUCACAGGUACAACUUCAAUACGUAUUUGAUGGGGUUGAUGACCAACAACGCGUUAGACCCCUCGCGCACAACAAGUGUUUGGCAAGACAUGACACAGCCGCUGACUCGAUAUCUGAUAAAAACCAUACGUAUUGAAAGUGAAAGUGACCUCCAGCGGGCGCUUUCUGACAACUCCAGAGCGUUCGUCUUAAAAAUAAAAAGGAAUAGCGAAGGUGUGCUCUGCAGUGGAAGCUGCCCCUUGACGUGCAUCAUAGAGGGUAUCAAGACAAGUGGUUUCUCGACUAUCCCAUACCCUAUUAUUCUGUGUCUAUCCCCACCAAAUACAUUGCCGGUACAACUGAAGGAUGAGCUAGCUGAAAUACUGAGCAAGGGGCUUGGUACGAUGUUAGCAAAGGGGCUCAUGUUCGAGGGUGCUAUCAUUAGCGAUCCAAAAUUCAGCCCCGCUGCUCAACGGAAGAAGGUGCUCGUACUUGGAUACCAAAGUCCGUUGAAGCCAUUUGUCGGAAGUCUGAUGGCGGACAUGAACAGAGAUGGCUUGGGUGUGCGCGUGACGGAUGUUGUUACAGGAACUCCAGCAGCGAAGGCAGGAGUAUCGAAAGAUGACUGGUUUACUCAUAUUAAUGGUGAAGCCAUCAUAAAUAAGCAACACUUACGCGAGCAACUGGAAAAACUGGAAUUAGGCGAAGAAUUUACGUUGAAGAGGGAGAAUUUGGACGAGCUAAAGAUUGUGGUGGGGGGAGCUGUCGAUAGGGAAGACAAAAGCGAGUCUGCGGCUUUGUCCGACCUCUUAUUCUUGAAGUAUGCAAAGAAGAAAACAAACCUCAAACCAUGGGAGGUGGUAGUUCUUACGGCCGAUGUACUUCCUUCUUUAAAACCGAACCAGGACAGUCUUGAUGACCACUUUGCAUUUUUCUCUGACGUCGACGAGCACAGCAGCGAGCAAUGCAUUGGGAUUGCCACUCAGAUGGGGGUUCAGUUGAUAGACCACGGGAAUUCAAGAGAGGGAGGGCUAUGGGCCCAAGGUCGGUUUGUAGACAAUGGGCGGAGCGGGUAUCUCAUCAAAAACAACACAAAUGGAAAAUUAACAACGAGUGUUUCGGUGGAUAUCCUUGCUGGCCCCCAAGAGAUCAAGGGGCUACCCCUCUCGAGUAGCACGGCGCGAGUGUAUGGCGCUGGGAAAGCAAGUGUAAAGGGCAGUAAAAUUGUUUUUGAAGGAUGUAAUGAAACAACAGUUGCGGUGAUUGACUGCAAGUUUGUACAGGAUAGCUCUUCGUUUGAUUUCACUACUGCAUUUCCUCCCCUACUGUUGCGCUCUGGAUACCGCGUUCUGCGCUUGGAGCAGACCGGUGGCCUUACAAGGUUCGACGAGUGCGCACUUGGUGCUCACUGCCUAGUUUCCUGGAACAAGGCGGCCUAA